GAAGAGGCUGGUCGCUUUAGCCAAACAGAAAUGGCUCCUUGUUCCAACUACUCCUCUGUUAACCACGUCAGGCUCCCAGAGAAAGACAACAUCAAAUUGAGAAAACCCAUUGUGGAGAAAAUGCGACGAGAUCGCAUCAACGGCUGCAUCGAGCAGCUCAAACUCAUCCUGGAGAAGGAGUUCCACAAGCAGGAGCCCAAUGCCAAGCUGGAGAAAGCCGACAUCCUGGAGAUGACCGUCAGCUUCCUGAGGCAGCAGCUGCAGCCAGGCCUCUCUCAGAGGGACUACAGCCAAAGGUACUCCCCAUGCUGGAGGGAGUCUCUGCAGCUCUUCUCUGUCAGCUCAGACACACAAGCCUCCAUCACACCUCCCCUUGAGGACAAGCUCCACCAGGCCCAGAGAGCUGGCAGCUCCUCCCCAGUCUCCUCCACGCUCAGGCCCACCUCCCUCCAGGAUGGCAGUGACAAAGAUCCAGUCUGGAGGCCUUGGUAG